AUGGGCUCCGUCAUUCUCAACCACGUGCCGGAACAGAUCGACAAGAUGUUGAGUACGCGCAACGACUACCCUGAAUACACCGAAUACACCCGCGCGUCUCAACUAGAGGGACGCUCUAGAUCAACAUCCUCCAACUCGACCCCCACUUCCACCGCCCCGCCAACCACCGUAGGCUCUGCUCGGCUUCCUGCGCAUCUGGAUGUCCCCGCCUACAUCAACUCACACACUCCUUCCACUCGGGCCCCCUCCGACCAUCCGUCCCAUCCCCCGCCUUCGAUGACCUCCCACUCAAACUAUGGGCUUGCUCGCGAUCAUCCAUCAUAUUCUAACACCGCCACGCCAUACUCGAGUGGCCAUGCCGCCGACUCCAUGACCUCCGAGUCCCACCCGUUUACCCAGUCCUCACCCGAGUCGCCACGAUUGCAACCGACAUUCCGAUCGAUGCAGUCUCUUGGAAAUUCAGAAGCCAACUCACCAAGCCGAAUUCGUGUCCAGAGCUUGUCGCACAUCCAGAGUCUAGCCAGCGAAGAAUUCCUGGCCAGAUCUCAGAACCCGGGCCAUGGCACUCAACCGCGCCACUUCGAGAUCAGCUCCAUGCCCGUCACCGAGAUCAUUGAAAUGGUUGCCGGGCUCCUCACCAAGAUCACUACCACCAACGACACCCAUCACGAACACGUUCAUCGCCACAUCCCUCCCCCCGACGGCGCCUCCAAUCUAACUCCCCAAGCAACCAGCGUUCUUGCCUUCCAUGGCAAGAACGUCCCCAGCAUCACCAUUCUCAGUUACCUCACUCGCAUACAUAAGUACUGCCCGACUACCUACGAGGUAUUCCUCAGCUUGCUGGUCUAUUUCGACCGCAUGACUGAACUGGUCAACAGAUACCUCGAUGGUCACACCCCCUCCUCGACAGGCAUGACAGCUUCAGACCCCAAGGGCCCGAACGCAUCCGUCUCUCCCGCUCUAUAUCCCCAGGCCGAGGACGAGAGCCUCUCUCACUUUUUCGUCGUCGAUAGCUUUAAUAUCCACCGACUGGUCAUCGCGGGCGUGACUUGUGCGAGUAAAUUCUUCUCCGAUGUCUUUUAUACCAAUUCACGCUACGCAAAGGUUGGAGGCCUUCCGCUUGUGGAACUUAAUCAUUUGGAACUGCAGUUCCUAUUACUCAACGAUUUCCGACUUGCCAUCCCGGUUGAGGAGCUCGAGUCCUAUGGCACUAUGCUCGUAGAGUUCUACGCUCGAGAGGUCGUCGCUCAACAACAACAGAUGGCCGCGCCCCGAGCUAUCCCACAGUCCAUACCGGAUUCCCAAUCGGAUGACAUGUACAUGCGGUCUCACGAGAAGCGCCGCGAUCACGGGCUUGGACAGACGCCAACACCGCCUUAA